GGACUGGUAGGAGCAUCCAUCCACUGCCGAGGAGAGAAGCGGUUAGGGAGGGAAGGGGGGAAGCAAAAAGUUACCAGAAGUGUGUGGGGAAGGGUACUUGGACCGGGUAAGGAUGGGACAGGUGAUCAGGAAGGCUGUUUCCUAUGGUGAGGCAGUGAUCAGGAGGGCUCUUUCCUGCAGUGAGUCGCAGCCCAUUGGUUCUUCUGGAAUGGAACGAUUAGCCAAAAGGAAGUGGUACGUGUGCAAUAGAGAACAGCUCUGUGAAUCUCUUCAGCCUAUCUUCGUCCAGAGUUACCUUGACCAAGGAACACAGAUCUUCUUAAAUAACAGCAUUGAGAAAUCUGGCUGGCUGUUCAUUCAACUUUAUCACUCCUUCGUGUCAUCUGUUUUCAGUCUGUUUAUGUCUAGGACAUCUAUCAAUGGGUUGCUGGGAAGAGGUUCGAUGUUUGUGUUUUCACCGGAACAAUUUCAGAGACUGCUCAAAAUAAAUCCAGACUGGAAAUCCCGCAGGCUUCUUGAUUUGGGAGCUGGAGAUGGAGAAGUGACGAAAGUCAUGAGUCCUCAUUUUGAAGAAACUUACGUCACAGAGUUAUCUGAAACUAUGAUAUGGCAGCUUCAGAAAAAGAAAUACAGAGUGCUUGGCAUCAAUGAAUGGCAGAACAUGGGGUUCCAGUAUGAUGUCAUCAGCUGCUUGAAUCUCCUUGAUCGCUGUGAUCAGCCAUUGACUGUAUUAAAAGAUAUUAGAAGUGUCCUGGACCCCACAAGAGGUCGGGUCAUCUUGGCCUUGGUUCUGCCCUUUCAUCCUUACGUGGAAAAUGUAGGUGGCAAGUGGGACAAACCUUCAGAAGUUUUGGAAAUCAAAGGACAAACAUGGGAGGAACAAGUGAACAGUCUGCCAGAGGUUUUCAGGAAAGCUGGAUUUGCCAUAGAAGCGUUCACUAGACUGCCAUACUUAUGUGAAGGUGAUAUGUAUAAUGACUACUAUGUCUUAGAUGAUGCUGUCUUCGUCCUCAAACCAGUGUAAAUGUGUCUUCUGAGUCAAACCCAAGAAGCAGCCUGUGAAUGAAGCGUUUUGAUAAUUUUUUAUUAUUAUUUUUGUGGGGUUUAUUAUUAUUAUUAUUAUUAAUUACAGGAAGGGAGGAAAAACUUGUGGUUAUCCAUUCUAAAUUGACAUCAUUUAUAAUGUCUAAAGGUCAAAAUACUAAUUUCUUUGUAGAUUUUUUUAAAGGACAUCUUUUUUAAAGUGACCUCUUCCAUUGAUGACAUCUAACCCCCAUGAGACGCCCACAAUCCAAACAGUGAAUUGAAGAUAUUUUUCUAUCUCACCAUGAUAGGGCAUACCAUCCAGCAAUAGCCAGGACACUGUGCAAAUUGAUCCAGUAUAACGGGUUUUUUCCCUUCUCAAGGACACCAGAAGAAAAUACUGGCAAUAAGGCUGUCCAUUCAGUACAAAACGUGAUCAGCUGUUGGGAUAGAUUUUCUUCCAUGUUUAUGAAGUUAUUUGUUGGUCUUCAGCACAUGUUUUUAAUCAUGCUAAUAAAACUUUUUUUGAGAUGAC